AUGUCAGAAAUCAAGGUUGGCAUAAUUGGAGGAUCUGGUCUCAAUGAUCCCAUAUUUCUGGAGAAUAAGCACGAAAAACUUGUGGUUACUCCAUUUGGAAAGCCAUCAGGUGCAAUUGUGCUGGGAACUAUCAAAGGUGUGGACUGCAUUUUUCUACCCAGACAUGGAAGAGAUCACAAUAUAGCAGCAUCAAAUGUGAAUUACAGAGCAAAUAUCUGGGCUCUGAAAGAAGAAGGCUGCACUCACAUUAUUGCUACUACAGCUUGUCGAUCCCUGCAAGGAUAUAUCCACCCAGGGGAAAUUGUUCUUAUUGAUGACUUUCUGGACAGCACCACAGCAAGACAGCAGUCAUUUUAUGAUGGCACAUCAAAUGAAUUCCAGGGGAUCUGUCAUGUGCCAAUGAAUGAGCCAUUUUGCCCUCAGAUGAGAGCGAUUCUGUCAUCCAGCAUUAAGUCUUUAGGCUAUCAGUUGCAUGAAAGAGGAACAGUGAUCACAUUUGAAGGUCCCAGGGGAUCAACAUGGGCUGAGAGCAGGUUGUGGAGGGAGUGGCGGGCUGACAUUAUCAACAUGAGCACCGUGCCUGAGGUUGUGUUAGCCAAAGAAGUAGGUCUGCUGUAUGCCUCCCUGGGUCUUGUCACAGAGUACGACACAUGGAGAGAUGACUAUGAAGCUAUUCAGACUGAAUUGGGCCUACAGACAUUUGAAGAUGUUACUGAGAAAGCUAGUAAAGUUAUCUCAAAUGCUGUUCCCAAAUUUGCAGAGAAAGACUGGAACAAGGAAAUAGACAAAAGUAAAGAGAUUGCUAGCUGCUCAGUAAUGAAAUAA